GGAAGACUUAUUCACCAGUAAGUCAGUCGGAUAGUAGACCUAAGAUAUUUCAUUCUGACCCACUGGAGGAGACGAGUAUCUUGGAGUUAUUAUGUACUUCAGGGAGAAUUUGAUAUUAAGGAUGGGAUAUCGUUACUUAUUCAGUUAAAUUUAAAGCAGAAUAAGAAAUUGGAAGGAAUGAUUGCUAGGAUUGAUAGAAUCUACUCCUGGGUAGAAAAUUUGGACGAAGCUAUUGUUAAUCUAGAAACUAGAUUAGAAGAUUUAGAGAAAAAAUUUACAUACGAUACCGAUUGGUGUCAAAGGCCAAUUGGAUUUUCCAAUUUCGUGUGGUUUGAUAUGGAUUGUAAGUUGAGUAUUGCAAGAAGAAAUGAGGCGUUGAACAGGAUGAGACGAACAAAGAGUGGAAAUAGUGUUGCUGUUACGAAUUUUGUUAAAGAACGUAAUGUGACUCGCAAUUUAUGUAGAGCUAAGAAAAAGCCUUUUUUGCAGAAGAUCAAUAAGAAUUUGGCGUCUGGUGACAGUAAACAGUUCUGGCGAUUUAUUAAUUUCUUUGUUAAGAGUAAAUACAGGGAGCUUCCAGAUCUUGAUUGGGUAGCUUUUUUUUCAAAGAAAUUUCAUUCUAGUUAAUAUUUACCGGAUAUGUCUAUAUAUAAUUGGUGUAUGAAUUGGCAGGACGAGUUGUUGGAUACGGAGAUAACAGAACAGGAAGUCAAAAAGAUUCUAGCUACUAUGAAAAAUGGUACUGCUCCAGGUAUUGAUGGGAUACCGGUGGAACUAUAUAAGAAUUUCCCA